AUGGUCCGGCUCCUCCCCUCGAUUCCAUAUCCGCCCGAACGACACGAUGGGUAUUGGGCGCCUAUAACGUCGACGCUGGAUUGGUGUGAGGAGAACUACUACGCAACCCGCUACGCCGCCGAAAUCGUCAACACCCUCACCAACCUGCUCUUCGCCUUCCUCGCCAUCAAGGGCAUGUACAACUGCUACAAGCACGGCCACGACCGCGUCUUCUUCGUCACCUUUCUCGGGUACUUUUUCGUCGGAAGCGGAUCCUUCGCCUUUCACGCAACACUGAAGUACCCCAUGCAACUCGUCGACGAACUCUCAAUGAUCUACACCACCCUCCUAAUGUUCUGGGCGACCUUCGAAUACCGACGCUCCCUCCCCGUGAAAAUCCUCCUCGGUUUCUUCGUCACCUUCCUCGCCGUCUUCAUCACGCUGUACUACCACUUCCUCGGCGACCCGACGUUCCACCAAAACGCCUACGCCAUCUUGACGGCAAUCGUGCUGAUAAGGAGUAUGGUGACGAUGGAGUUUAAUAUCCGGCCGAGGGAUGACAGGGACAUAGAGAUUCUAAGGAAAAUGUGGACGUUGAUCAUCGUCGGACUAGGAGUUUUCCUCGGCGGGUUCGGGAUCUGGACGUUGGAUAAUGAGUACUGUGGGACGAUUCGGGGGUGGAGACAUGCGUUGGGGUUGCCUUGGGGGGUGGUGUUGGAGGGCCAUGGGUGGUGGCAUUUGAUGACGGGGAUGGGGGCGUAUUGUUAUAUUGUCUGGGGAAUUUGGUUGCGACAUUGUUUGAAUGGACGACAGGACGAGUAUGAGUUGGUUUGGCCGGGGCUUUUUACGAGUUUGCCGGCGAUUGAGAGGAAGAGGGAGGUGGUGGGUGGGAAGAAGAUGAGCUGA